CCCUUGACCAAUAACAGUUUACUGUUAAGCUCCCUCUCAGUGAGGACUGACCCCUCACACACACAAACUAACACUCUGUAGCAUGUGCUGAAAGAGCUUUCAGUAAUCUGUGUGCUAGACUUAACAAAACUGCUCUUGGGUUCUCAUGCACUCUCUGUAGUCAUUUUUCAUUUGUUUUUAUGUUCAUGUCGAAGAAAAGUGAACUUUGCAGCUGCCACAACAAGCAGAGGAGGUCCUCAUGGUAGAUUCCUGCAUCCCGCUGUGAGCGCUGUACCUACACACAUACUCAGCACAAUGGCACAUGGCUUUCCCCGUCUAAAAGGCUUUAAUGAUUGGUGUUGAUGAAUCUUGGGAAGACUGCUGGCUUUGUUUCUGGCCUGAGCUCUGAGCUGGAUGGUGAGUUUCCAGGGUUACUCUGUAUGAAAGGAGGUGCAAAACAAGCAGCAUAAAGAGCAAAAGAGAAACGUUUACUGGUCUCACUACUUACUACUGCUGACUGAUCUAAAUUGGCCACUGAGCGAUGAGGGUUUCUAAAAGAGAGUCGGCCACUGAUGAAGGUACUGACAAAACAGUGAAAGACGAUGCAGUUCAUCUCAGGAGGAGGAUAGGCCUGUUGCCAUCAAUUUCUUUCAUCAUUGGCACGGUGGUGGGCAGCGGCAUCUUUAUUGCUCCCAAAGGCGUGUUGAUGAAUUCGGGCAGUGUGGGAUUGUCCCUGCUGGUCUGGACUCUGUGUGGCAUCCUCUCCACUUUUGGUGCUUUAUGCUAUGCUGAGUUGGGAACAAGCUUUAGAAAAUCAGGCGGUCAUUACACCUACCUGUUGGAGACCCUGGGACCCCUGCCUGCCUUCCUGCGACUGUGGACUGAGUUCAUAUUCAUCAGACCUGCAGUGGCCACGUACGUGUCUCUGGCUUUUGGUCAGUAUGUAGUGGAGCCGUUAUUCAUGCCGUGUGCUGCUCCAACAGCUCUGGUCAAAAUCGUCAGCAUGCUGGGAGUCACGUUUGUGGUGGCAAUGAACUGCUGGAGUGUGUCAAUGGCAGCACGUACACAGGUCUUGCUGACCUUCAUCAAGAUGUUUGCUCUGAUUCUGAUCAUCAUCCCAGGCAUCAUGGCUCUGGUCAAUGGGAAAACUGAAAAUUUCCAGAAUGCCUUUGACUCAGAUUCUUUAACUCUGACCAAACUUCCUUUGGCCUUUUACUCAGGUCUUUACGCAUAUGGCGGAUGGUUUUAUUUAAAUUUCAUAACGGAAGAGGUAAUUGACCCAAACAGAACCAUCCCAUUGGCUAUCAUUUUCUCCAUGGUGACUGUUACCGUGUGUUACGUGCUGGUCAAUGUGGCUUACUACACCAUGAUGACUGCAAAUGAGUUACUGAUGUCAGAUGCCGUGGCAGUGACAUUUGCAAGUCGGGCUCUGCAGGGUAUAGCUCCAGCAAUACCAGUAUUAGUUGCUCUUUCUUGCCUUGGAGCUCUUAAUGGAGGAUUUUUUGGUUCACCCAGGAUGUUGUUCGUAGGAGCAAGAGAGGGUCACUUCCCGGCUAUCUUCUCCAUGAUCCAUAUCCGCAGACAAACUCCACUGCCAGCUGUGCUAUUUCUGUAUCCUCUGGUGAUCAUCAUGAUGGCAAGAGGAGAGAUCUUUCAACUGAUCAACUUUGCAUCCUUCUCUCGUUGGCUCUUCAUCGCCUUGGCCACCUUGGGAAUGAUCAUCCACCGCUACAGAUUUCCAGAUCAUCCCAGACCAUUCAAGGUCCCUCUAGCAAUUGCGGUGGUCUUUACCAUAGUGUGUUUCUUCAUCGUGGGCCUGUCAUUGUAUUCGGACCCCUGGAAUACAGGCGGCAGCUGUGCCCUCACAUUAUCAGGUGUACCUGUGUAUUACCUGACAGUCAAGAAGUCAUACAUACCUGAACGCUGGAAAAAAGCCUUCAAUUAUAUAAGCCUACAGCUGCAGAUAUUCCUGGAAGUGGCUCAGCAGGAAGUUCAGACCUACUGAUGGAACUUCACCAAACACCAGCUGAAUUCAUGCCAACUAACAGAUCUGAGUGUCAAAGGGCGUCAACGUUACAUUUUAGUGGUGCUUGCUAUUACUAUUGCCCCUAACUACCCUAGCAACCGCAUAGCAAGAUCCUCGCACCCUAUCAAAUAGUGCAAGCAUCACUUAUAAUCUCAUCUAGUUUAUAUUCAAAUGAAAGACAGUUCCAUUAUACUUUGGUCAAUCUUCUAAACAUAAGUGAAUAUACCUUUAAUGAAAUCUGAGAGCUUUCAGUCUCUUUAUUGAAAGUCAACGCAACCAAAACUAGUUUAAUGCAAGUGUUGUUAAGAGAUAGGAUUGCUUUGAGGAAUUACAGCUUUUUAGUAAUAAAUCACAAAUAUGAUUGUAUGAAGUAUCCCUUUAUUGUCAAAAAGUAAGUACAAUAGGAAGAGAAACCAAAUUGUAUGCUUUGUUGGAAAUGACAAUGGGUGUUUCUGGUCGAAGCCUGUUACCUCAGUAAAAUGCCUAGUAGAGAACUUUCAUAUUUAAAUAGUCUUCAAAAAUAGCACAAAACACAUCCUCAUAUGGUUCUCUGAAAGGCAGAGGGUCUUAAUGGGAAGUUUUUAUGUAUCACCAAAAUGUAUGCUUUUGGGGAAUGUCAAAUUUGAAUAUUACAUGGCUUUGAAGUCUUAUGGAAACCAUCUUUUCAAAUGUGUGUGCAUUAACAUACUAUUAUUAUAUAGUAAUUCAUUUCUAAUGCUGAUGUAACAUCUUAACACCGUAAAUGUCAACCAUGUAGUUUUUGUAUAUUUUUAUGACAUUUAGCUGUUUUUUCCUUGGUUUUGUUUUACAUUGGAAGAACGUAAGCAUAUAUGCAUUUAAGCACAUAUGAACUCGAUUCAUGCUCACAAAUCACUUUACAUAUGUAAAUGAACAUUAAAAGAUUUGUAACACACCACAAA